AUGGCGGUGCCGGCUCGGACCUGCGGCGCCGCUCGGCCCGGCCCCGCGCGUACUGCGCGACCCCGGCCCGGCCGCGGCCCCCGGCCCGGCCCCAGUGCCCGGCGCCCGGCGUCCCGGACCCCGCGCCCGCUGCUGCUGCUGCUGCUGCUGCUGCCGCUGCUGCUUCUCCCGCUGCUCGCCGCCCCCGGCGCCUCUGCCUACAGCUUCCCACAGCAGCACACGGUGCAGCACUGGGCCCGGCGCCUGGAGCAGGAGAUCGAAGGUGUGAUGCGCAUUUUCGGAGGUGUCCAGCAGCUCCGGGAGAUCUACAAGGACAACAGGAACCUGUUUGAAGUGCAGGAGAAUGAGCCCCAGAAGCUGGUGGAGAAGGUGGCCGGGGACAUCGAGAGCCUGCUGGACAGGAAGGUGCAGGCCCUGAAGAGACUGGCCGAUGCUGCAGAGAGCUUCCAGAAAGCCCACCGCUGGCAGGACAGCAUCAAGGAGGAAGACAUCAUGUACUAUGACGCCAAGGCCGACGCCGAGCUGGACGACCCUGAGAGUGAGGAUGUGGAGAGGGGCUCGAAGGCCAGCACCCUACGGCUGGACUUCAUCGAGGACCCGAACUUCAAGAACAAGGUCAACUACUCAUACACGGCCGUGCAGAUCCCCACGGACAUCUACAAAGGCUCCACUGUCAUCCUCAACGAACUCAACUGGACAGAGGCCCUGGAGAACGUGUUCAUCGAGAACCGCAGGCGGGACCCCACGCUGCUGUGGCAGGUGUUCGGCAGCGCCACGGGCGUCACCCGCUACUAUCCGGCUACCCCCUGGCGAGCCCCCAAGAAGAUCGACCUGUAUGAUGUGCGCAGGAGACCCUGGUACAUCCAGGGAGCCUCGUCGCCCAAGGACAUGGUCAUCAUUGUGGACGUGAGUGGCAGCGUGAGCGGCCUGACCCUGAAGCUGAUGAAGACGUCUGUGUGCGAAAUGCUGGACACACUCUCUGACGAUGACUACGUGAACGUGGCCUCGUUCAAUGAGAAGGCACAGCCUGUGUCAUGCUUCACACACCUGGUGCAGGCCAACGUGCGCAACAAGAAGGUGUUCAAGGAAGCUGUGCAGGGCAUGGUGGCCAAGGGCACCACGGGCUACAAAGCCGGCUUUGAGUACGCCUUUGACCAGCUGCAGAACUCCAACAUCACUCGGGCCAACUGCAAUAAGAUGAUCAUGAUGUUCACGGAUGGCGGCGAGGACCGUGUGCAGGACGUCUUUGAGAAGUACAACUGGCCCAACCGGACGGUGCGCGUGUUCACUUUCUCCGUGGGGCAGCACAACUACGACGUCACCCCGCUGCAGUGGAUGGCCUGUGCCAACAAAGGUUACUACUUUGAGAUUCCUUCCAUCGGAGCCAUCCGCAUCAACACGCAGGAAUAUCUAGACGUGUUGGGCAGGCCUAUGGUGCUGGCAGGCAAGGAGGCCAAGCAGGUGCAAUGGACCAACGUGUAUGAGGAUGCGCUGGGGCUGGGGUUGGUGGUAACAGGGACCCUCCCUGUUUUCAACCUGACACAGGACGGCCCUGGAGAAAAGAAGAACCAGCUGAUCCUGGGCGUGAUGGGCAUCGACGUGGCUCUGAACGACAUCAAGAGGCUGACGCCCAACUAUACACUCGGAGCCAACGGCUAUGUGUUUGCCAUUGACCCGAACGGCUACGUGUUGCUGCAUCCCAAUCUGAGGCCGCAGACCACCAACUUCCGGGAGCCUGUGACUCUGGACUUCCUAGAUGCAGAGCUGGAGGAUGAGAACAAGGAGGAGAUCCGUCGCAGUAUGAUCGACGGCAACAGGGGCCACAGGCAGAUCCGAACGUUGGUCAAGUCCCUGGAUGAGAGGUACGUAGAUGAGGUGAUUCGGAACUACACCUGGGUGCCUAUAAGGAGCACCAACUACAGCUUAGGGCUGGUGCUCCCACCCUACAGCACCUUCUACCUCCAAGCCAACCUCAGCGACCAGAUCCUGCAGGUCAAGUUGCCAAUCAGCAAACUGAAGGAUUUUGAGUUCCUGCUCCCCAGCAGCUUUGAGUCUGAAGGACAUGUUUUCAUUGCUCCCAGAGAGUACUGCAAGGACCUGAAUGCGUCUGACAACAACACCGAGUUCCUGAAAAACUUCAUUGAGCUCAUGGAGAAAGUGACUCCAGACUCCAAGCAGUGCAACAACUUCCUGCUGCACAACCUGAUCUUGGAUACGGGCAUCACCCAGCAGCUGGUGGAGCGCGUGUGGCGGGACCAGGAUCUCAACACGUACAGCCUUCUGUCUGUGUUCGCCGCCACAGACGGCGGCAUCACCCGUGUCUUCCCCAAUAAAGCGGCUGAGGACUGGACAGAAAACCCCGAGCCCUUCAAUGCCAGUUUCUACCGCCGCAGCCUGGAUAACCAUGGUUACGUCUUCAAGCCCCCACACCAGGAUGCCCUGUUGAGGCAGCUGGAGCUGGAGAACGACACGGUGGGCAUCCUCGUCAGCACGGCAGUGGAGCUCAGCCUGGGCGGGCGCACCCUGAGGCCAGCAGUGGUGGGCGUCAAGCUGGACCUAGAGGCUUGGGCUGAGAAGUUCAAGGUGCUCGCCAGCAACCGUACCCACCAGGAUCAGCCUCAUAAGCAGUGCGGCCCUAGCAGCCACUGUGAGAUGGACUGCGAGGUUAACAACGAGGACCUGCUCUGCGUCCUCAUCGAUGAUGGCGGAUUCCUGGUACUGUCGAACCAGAACCAUCAGUGGGACCAGGUGGGCAGGUUCUUCAGUGAGGUGGAUGCCAACCUGAUGCUGGCGCUCUACAACAACUCCUUCUAUACCCGCAAGGAGUCCUACGACUACCAGGCAGCCUGUGCCCCCCAGCCUCCUGGCAACUUGGGUGCUGCACCCCGAGGUGUCUUUGUGCCCACCAUUGCAGAUUUCCUUAACCUGGCCUGGUGGACCUCUGCUGCGGCCUGGUCCUUGUUCCAGCAGCUUCUCUAUGGCCUCAUCUACCACAGCUGGUUCCAGGCGGACCCCGCGGAGGCCGAGGGGAGUCCCGAGACGCGCGAGAGCAGCUGCGUCAUGAAACAGACCCAGUACUACUUCGGCUCGGUGAACGCCUCCUACAACGCCAUCAUUGACUGCGGAAACUGCUCCAGGCUGUUCCACGCGCAGAGGCUGACCAACACCAACCUUCUCUUCGUGGUGGCGGAGAAGCCGCUGUGCAGCCAGUGCGAGGCUGGCCGGCUGCUGCAGAAGGAGACGCACUGCCCAGCGGACGGCCCGGAGCAGUGCGAGCUGGUGCAGAGACCGCGAUACCGGAGAGGCCCGCACAUCUGCUUCGACUACAACGCGACGGAAGAUACCUCAGACUGUGGCCGCGGAGCCUCCUUCCCGCCGUCGCUGGGCGUCCUGGUCUCGCUGCAGCUGCUGCUCCUCCUGGGCCUGCCGCCCAGGCCGCAGCCCCAAGUCCACGCCCAUGGGUCCCAGCGCCCCUGAGCGUCCGCCCGGCCUCCUGCUCCUCCUCCUCCUCCUCACCACCUCUCCCCGCCCACUCCCCCCCCACGCUCCCCGCCCUCCCUGAAGAACCUGCGCCCCCCAGGCCCGAAAGUCUGAGCCUUGGGGUGGGCGAGUCCCCAGCGAGGGCGCCUGUACAGGUCUUUGGCACUUACACCACAUGGAGCUGUGGAGGCGUCCUCGGAGCCUUCAUCCCCACCUGGUCCACCCCGGUGGGCUGGGACGCAGAGGCCGCUGUGCUGGUGCCAAACCAGGCCUCCGCGGCCCACCCUGCCUGGAGGGGGACCCUGCCUCGGCUGGAAUCCUCUAGCCAGCCCAAAACCGGUCUCCCUGAGAGUAGAGUACUGGAGGAAGGUGAGAGGGGCAGUUUGAGGCCUGUGCAUCGCAGGGGCGAGGUCCUGGGGCAGCCCACCGCCGGCUCCUGUCCCCCUCCGCCCAGCCACGCAGGAGUAAGAAAGUCACAGCGACAUGUGUUCAGACAUAACCCCUGCACUCCGGGAGCCUUGAGAGCAGAACCUGGACUCAGAGUUGACAUACCUGGGAAGACAGACAGACACACACACACACACACACACACCACCCGGUGGGGCUGGGUGCGGGGGCUUGGUGGGAGGGUGUGCACACUCCAUCUUGUACUCACUGCCCACCUCCAACCUGAGCUGCAGCUAGCUGGUCCUCCCGUCUCUCAAGCUGAAUGUCAAACAGUGCCAAAUGCUAGGGCAGAGAGGGUGAAGACCCCUCUGGCCCACCCCUAGCCGCCAGUGUUCCCUAAGUGCCCCUCACCCUGCCAGGUGCUCAUUGUAACCAUUUCUCACUAGGGUCAGCCCCCCAGAAGGCCACCAGCUACUGCCUGCCCCUUCCGCAGAGGGACCCCCACCACGCUGCCCUUUGCCUUAGCAGGGGUGACUUGGUCUCUCCUGGCUGAGUGUAUAAGGCCUGUGCCGAUUCCCCGUCUCCUUCCCUCACACACACGCACACACACACACACACACACACUCUCCCUGCCCCCAGGAGGCCAGACUGCCCCUUCUCUGCUGAACACACACCUGCGCACACACACAUGCUCAGUGCACCCACAGAGGCUGGGCCCAGGCACAUCACUUCAUACCAUUCAUUCUGGUCAUUUCCCCUGAAGGCACCCCUCCCGGGGCCGGCCGGUGGGGGACUGAGGGCACGGGGAAGUAGCCACGGGGCUCAGAUGGACUGGGAGGAGGGGGGAGGGGAUGCAUUAAUUAAUGGUUCCGUUAAUUAAUGUCACGUUGCUUGUCGCUUUCUCAGUGUGUGCGUAUGUGUGUGUAUGUGUGUGUGCGCGUGGUCCAUGCCCACUGCUGCUGUCAGGGUGGAAGUCCUUGACAUAUGCCCGGCCUGGAGGUCAGCCAUGUCCUGUGGGGCGUGUGUGUAACUGUAGUGUAGUCAGGUGCUCAAUGGAGAACAUAAAAACUAAAAAGAAACAACAUAUACAGAAAAAUAUAUAUUUUAAGUUUAAAAAAAAACAGAAAAACAGACAAAACAGUCCCCAUCAGGUAGUUGUCCAACCCCCAGCCGGGUCUGAUCCUUCUCAUCUCCCACCGACCCGGCUGCCCCCUCCCCUCGGGCUGGGGGCUGGGGGCCAUUUCCUUCUCUCUGCCCUUUUUUUUGUUGUUGUUCUAUUUUGUACAGACAAGUCGGAAAAACAACAGCGACAAAAAAAGUCAAGAAACUUUGUAAAAUAUUGUUGUGUGUGAUUCCUUGUAAAAUAUUUUCAAAUGGUUUAUUACAGAAGAUCAGUUAUUAAAUAACGUUCAUAUUUUCACUUCAAA